AUGGCUGAGCGAAAGGUUUUAUCCAAGUAUUACCCGCCGGAUUUCGAUCCCUCGGCAAUCGCGAGCUCGUCCAAGCGCUCUCGUAAGGAUGGCAAAGCUGAGUCGAAGCUCUCCGCGAGCCGUCUCAUGACACCCUUCUCGAUGAAGUGUACUCACUGCGGCGAGUUCAUCCCUAAGGGUCGCAAGUUCAACGCCCGCAAGCAGACCCUGGACGAGCGGUACCUGUCCAUUCCAAUCUACCGGUUCCAUAUCCGUUGCACUCGAUGCAGCGGCGAGAUCACCUUCCGCACUGAUCCCAAGAACAAUGACUACCAGUGCGAGCGCGGCGCAAAGCGCAACUUCGAAGUUUGGCGCGACGAGACGGAUGAGAAGUACAACGACGAGACUGAGGAGCAGACCCUCGACCGACUCGAGAGGGAGCACGGCGCAAAGGAAGAGCAGCUGGAACGCGACAAGAUGGCUGAACUCGAAGACAAGAUGCUCGACUCCAAGCGCGAGAUGCAAAUUGCCGACGCCCUUGACGAAAUCCGGACCCGCAAUGCGCGCAUCGAGCGCAACGAGGCCCGUGCCGACGACGCCGCCAUCGCUACUGUUCAGGAGAAGAUCGACGAGGACACCCUUCGAGCCGAGAGGGAGGCUGCCGAGGACGCGGAGGCUCUUCGUCAGUUCAGGGCCAAGCAGCAUGCCGCCAAGCAGGCCAAGCUGGAUGAAGAGAUUGCAGAAUUCGAACGUCGUCGCAACGCCCCGCCCGAUACGUCGUCCUGGCUGAAGGCCGCCGCGGAGCGACGCGCCGCGCUGAAAGCCAAAAAGCUGCAGCGACAGCAGCGCAUCUACCCCAAGCCAUGA